AUGACAAGUGGAGCAACAGUGGGAGUAGAGAUUCGUAAGGUAGCUGCAACAACUUCGUUAGGACUGGAAACCCUGGGCAUAAUCGGAGGUGGAUGUGAAGUCAUGCGUUAUGCAUGGCCCAAGAUGAAGGUAACAUUCUCCAUCCAAGAAAAUGGGGAGACUGUUCCAACAGACUUGAGAGACCCAACAGUGGUGCUCUAUGGACCCCACCGUCAAUGGGAAGGGCUCCUCGAUACUCAUCCGGUGGAUCUUUUGGUAACCGAGAAAGGCCACUACACUUGA